AUGCACCUAACGAGUAGUGCUCAUUGGACCGCCGGAGUACGGGGAGGGGGACUAGGAAAGGUGGGAGCUGCUCUGUGUGAAGGAGCUACUGCCGGUGUCAUGGCGGAGCUGAGUGAGGAGGCGCUGCUGUCAGUAUUACCGACGAUCCGGGUCCCUAAGGCUGGAGACCGGGUCCACAAAGACGAGUGCGCCUUCUCCUUCGACACACCGGAGUCUGAGGGUGGCCUCUACAUUUGCAUGAACACAUUCCUGGGUUUCGGGAAACAGUAUGUGGAGAGACAUUUCAACAAGACGGGCCAGCGCGUCUACCUGCACCUCCGGCGGACCCGGCGCCCGAAAGAGGAGGACGCCACUGCAGGCACUGGAGACCCCCCACGGAAGAAGCCCACCCGGCUUGCUAUUGGUGUCGAAGGCGGGUUUGACAUCAACGAGGACAAGUUUGAGUACGAUGAGGAUGUGAAGAUUGUCAUUUUGCCGGAUUACUUGGAGAUUGCCCGGGAUGGGUUGGGGGGACUGCCUGAGUUUGUCAGAGAUCGGGUGACCAGUGCAGUGGAGGCUCUACUGUCGGCCGACUCGGCCUCCCGCAAGCAGGAGAUCCAGGCCUGGGAUGGGGAAGUGCGGCAGGUGUCUAAGCAUGCCUUCAACCUCAAGCAGCUGGACAACCCUGCUCGAAUCCCUCCCUGUGGCUGGAAGUGCUCCAAGUGUGACAUGAGAGAAAACUUGUGGCUCAACCUGACGGAUGGCUCCAUCCUCUGCGGCCGACGCUACUUCGACGGCAGUGGGGGCAACAACCACGCAGCGGAGCACUACCGGGAGACAGGCUACCCGCUGGCUGUCAAGCUGGGCACCAUCACCCCCGACGGCGCCGAUGUGUUCUCGUAUGAUGAGGACGACAUGGUCCUGGACCCCAACCUGGCUGAGCACCUGUCCCACUUUGGCAUCAACAUGCUGAGGAUGCAAAAGACGGACAAGACGAUGACCGAGCUGGAGAUAGAUAUGAACCAGCGCAUUGGCGAAUGGGAGCUGAUCCAGGAGUCGGGUGUGUCACUGAAGCCCCUGUUCGGGCCCGGCUACACCGGCAUCCGAAACCUGGGUAACAGCUGCUACCUCAACUCAGUGGUCCAGGUGCUCUUCAGCAUCCCCGACUUCCAGAGGAAGUACGUGGAUAAGCUGGAGAAGAUCUUCCAGAACGCCCCGACAGACCCGACCCAGGACUUCAGCACCCAGGUGGCCAAGCUGGGCCAUGGUCUUCUCUCUGGAGAGUAUUCCAAGCUGGCCCCGGAGUCCGGCAAUGGGGAGCAAGUGUCAGAACACAAGGAAGUUCAAGAUGGCAUUGCCCCUCGAAUGUUCAAGGCCCUCAUUGGCAAGGGUCACCCUGAGUUCUCCACCAACCGACAGCAGGAUGCCCAAGAGUUCUUCCUUCACCUGAUCAACAUGGUGGAGAGGAAUUGCCGGAGUUCUGAAAAUCCUAACGAGGUGUUCCGCUUCUUGGUGGAGGAAAAAAUCAAGUGCCUGGCCACAGAGAAGGUGAAGUACACGCAGAGAGUGGACUACAUCAUGCAGCUGCCUGUGCCCAUGGACGCGGCCCUUAACAAAGAGGAGCUUCUGGAGUAUGAGGAGAAGAAGCGGCAAGCCGAGGAGGAGAAGCUGCCACUGCCGGAGCUGGUUCGGGCCCAGGUGCCCUUCAGCUCCUGCCUGGAGGCCUACGGGGCCCCCGAGCAGGUGGACGACUUCUGGAGCACCGCUCUGCAGGCCAAGUCAGUAGCUGUCAAGACCACACGAUUUGCCUCAUUCCCUGACUACCUGGUCAUCCAGAUCAAGAAGUUCACCUUCGGCUUAGACUGGGUACCCAAGAAACUGGAUGUGUCCAUCGAGAUGCCAGAUGAGCUAGACAUCUCCCAGUUGAGGGGUACAGGGCUGCAGCCUGGAGAGGAGGAGCUGCCUGACAUUGCCCCACCCCUGGUCACUCCGGAUGAGCCCAAAGCCCCCAUGUUGGAUGAGUCGGUCAUCAUCCAGCUGGUGGAGAUGGGCUUCCCGAUGGAUGCCUGCCGCAAAGCUGUCUACUACACCGGCAACAGCGGCGCCGAGGCCGCCAUGAACUGGGUCAUGUCUCACAUGGAUGAUCCAGAUUUUGCAAACCCCCUCAUCCUGCCUGGCUCCAGCGGGCCUGGCUCCACCAGUGCGGCUGCGGACCCCCCGCCGGAGGAGGGCGUGACCACCAUCGUCUCCAUGGGCUUCUCCCGGGACCAGGCCCUCAAAGCUCUGCGGGCCACGAACAAUAGUUUAGAACGGGCUGUGGACUGGAUCUUCAGCCACAUUGACGACCUAGACGCAGAAGCUGCCAUGGACAUCUCGGAGGGCCGCUCAGCUGCCGACUCCAUCUCUGAGUCUGUGCCGGUGGGACCUAAAGUCCGGGAUGGUUCUGGAAAGUACCAGCUCUUUGCCUUCAUCAGUCACAUGGGCACCUCCACCAUGUGUGGGCACUACGUCUGCCACAUCAAGAAGGAAGGCAGAUGGGUGAUCUACAAUGACCAGAAAGUGUGUGCCUCUGAGAAGCCACCUAAGGACCUGGGCUACAUCUACUUCUACCAGAGAAUGGCCAGCUAA